AUGCCAACUAGGGAGACUUUCGACUGCAUGAUAAAUUUUUACAGAAAUGAGUUCUCGUGGCCUGGUUCCAGACGUAAUUACUUACUCACUUUGUUACAUGGCUUAUGCAAGCAUGGUCAUGUUCAUGAGACAUUGGACAUUUUUCGUGUUAUCCACAACAAUGGUAUAGAGCCGUACACAGUCCACUAUAAUAUCUUAAUUGAUGGCUUGUUUCAAGUUGGGCAACUUAAUGUUGCAAGGAAAUUAUGUUGUGCACUACCGGUCAAAGGGUUGCAUCCCAGUGUUUACACUUGGAGUAUCAUGAUCAAAGGACUUUGUAAAGAAGGGUUGCCAAAUGAAGCAUAUGAAUUAUUUAAGAAAAUGGACCUGAAUGGCUGCUUGCAAGAUAGUUGUUCUUACAAUGUAAUGAUCAAAGGAUUUUUUCAAAACAAUGAUGUGUCAAGGGCAAUGCAAAUUUUACAUGAAAUUGUUGAUAAAGGAUUUUCUGCAGAUUCUUCAACUGCAAGAAUGCUACUGGAUAUAUUGUGUAGAGAUGGAGGAGAUCAAUCUAUUUUCGAGCUGCUUGGUAGAAACUGUGAAGAUGAUCAAAAUCUCAACAUGAAAUGA